AUGGUCAUCUCUAAAUGUUAUAGGCACCUCCUCGAUGAAGGCUCAAACGCCCUUUUCGUCCCGUCACAAAUCGUCCGGUUACGAUGUGCGCCGACACCGAUGGAAAGUAUCGCACACGGCUUGCAGGUUCGCCUGUUCUGCGAGCACAAAAAAUCUGCCGGAAAGGCACCGAUCAAAAGCCCGAGCAGAUACCAUUGGCUAACCGUCUCAGACCCCGAGAUUCGACGCCAAUUCUACCUGGAGAAAAACCAAUACAGGCCCUCACUUCAUCUCCUC